AUGGCUCCUGUACUUGCCGCCUUGGAUAACAACAAUGCAGCCAUCGUGGAAAAACUCUUUGGGACUCCAGUCGCAGUGUUCAUUGGUGGAACCUCUGGAAUUGGGCAGGGAAUGGCCGAAACAUUUGCACGGUGGAGAGAUGGCAAGGCUCAUAUCGUUAUUGUUGGACGCAAUGAAGCCGCAGCAAAGGAUAUCAUAUCUCAUUUCCCCAAAGCCACCGGCUCUGAGACAUGGAGCCACAAAUUUGUCCACUGCGAUGUGACUCUCAUGAAGAAUGUUCACAUAGCGUCUCAGACAAUUUUGGAGAAAUACCCCAAGAUCAAUUUUCUCAUUCUGAGUCCUGGCUUUUUCUCUACUUCAGGACGGGAUGAGACAUUGGAGGGAAUUGACAAGACGCUCGCAGUGCAUUACUAUGCUCGAUGGAAAUUUAUUGACGAGUUACUUUAUGCUUUGAAGAAGGCAAAUGAGGAGGGAGAAGAUGCAAGGGUUAUGUCCGUGUUGGCUGCUGGUCGCGGCGGCAAGAUUGAAUCUAAUAAUCUUGGGUUGAAGAAAGGUUAUUCUUUCCGCACUGCUACCGAAGCGGCAACAACGUACAACGAUUUGAUGGUGGAGUCCUUCCAACAGCAAAAUCCUGGGAUCAUUUUCUCCCAUUCAUUCCCUGGUGCUGUGCUCACCAAUAUCAUGAGCUCAGCACAUAUGCCAUGGCUACGAGCUGUUGCACCUGUGGCCAACCUCAUCGCAAAACCGUUCACUGUGACCCAAAAUCAAUGUGCAGAAUACCUAUGGUCUGGCCUUCUCAAUGGUACCUCAAGGAUAGGUAAAAAAGGCGAGGAUAUUGGGAAGACGGGAUAUUAUGGCAAUGAUGAGCUGCGGCAGAAACUUUGGGAACAUACGGAGGAGGUGACAAAGGUGUAG